UAAUUUCCUCCCGAGCAGCAACGCCUCCUAACUCAGAAGUCUUAGCAUAGAAUAAAAGACAUUUUGACAGUAUUUCGUUCUCCCAGUAUCUCUUUAUUUUAAUUGCAAAUCCAGUGGAAAACAACAAUUUGUCAUCCAGUGAAAAACAAAAAUAUUUGAUUCUUGCGUUUAAAACUUGGUGUGAAUGACGACUAACGAAAAAUCAUCGCGCAUGUCUCAAAUCAGUUGUUUACAGACUAUAUAACUACCCUGAUAUAGCGUUACGACCAAGCACACUAUUGCCAGUAGCAUCUAGUCAUCGGGACGCUGCGCGCCUUGGUUUUUACGAGUGUGCAUGUGUAUGAGUGAUUGAGGAAAAUUCGAAGAACAAAAGGAAAAUUCUCGCAGUUUUCCUGACUCUGAGUGAGGAUUAUUUGAGAUAAUUCAAAAGAGUUUAUAUUGUAUACUGGAACGACUGGAGGUAUAAAGGACAAUAUAUUAUAAACCAACGUUGUGAGGACGAAAAAUACUGUAGGCUCAGGGAAAAAUGUACCGGAAAGCAGUGGUUCAUGCGGUCAAGAUGACGAAGGCCUCGAAGGUGGGAGUUGACGCUUUUCGAAGGCUGCAUACGAGUAAUAAGAAACGAGCAUUCCUUCCGGUAACUAAAAGGCUCGAACCCGCAGCACAUUUGGAACCAGCUUUGACAAGUCCAUUUGGCAUAGCGAACGAGCAGAAACGCAAUUACAGCUUCAUUCACGACAGCCACUAUAUGUAUACGAAGGAUCAGGAUCAGGCAACAAAUGCAGAAGAUGUUCUCUUCGACAUGUUCAGGAACGAGGAGACUGACCUACUCUCUGUUGGAAAAUUUUUAGCUGCGUUACGCACAACUGGUUUGAGAAAAAAUGACCCUAGACUUCAAGAAUUGAACGACAAUUUGAAGGCAGAGCAUUUAAAAUCAGGGGGUGCGGAAGGAAUAUCCCAUGAGACUCAAAAACUUAAUCGUGAACAAUUCAAAAGGAUAAUAAAUCCUAAUAUUGUUUUGAUAUCCCGAGCCUUCAGACACCAGUUUAUAAUCCCAGACUGGGCAGGUUUUACAAAGCACAUUGAAGAUUUUUAUUGGAAGUGCAAGACGAAUACAGAGGGCAAGGUGGCCUCAUACAUACCCCAACUCGCCCGAAUGAAUCCGGAUUACUGGGGUAUAACAGUGUGCACCAUAGAUGGACAACGUUUUAGCAUUGGAGAUACUACGAUACCGUUCACCCUCCAGAGUUGUAGUAAGCCACUGACCUAUGCCAUUGCGCUUGAGAGCCUAGGGCAGGAGGUUGUCCAUCAGUACGUUGGUCAAGAACCAUCGGGGAGGAAUUUCAAUGAACUCGUCCUUGAUCACAAUAAAAAGCCGCACAAUCCAAUGAUCAAUGCUGGUGCCAUUCUAGUCUGCUCUCUACUCAAAAGUCUAAUAAAACCGGAAAUGACACUGGCGGAGAAAUUCGAUUUCACGAUGAAUUAUUUCGAGAGAUUGGCAGGUGGUGAAAAUCUUGGCUUCAAUAAUGCUGUAUUUCUCUCCGAACGAGAAGCUGCUGAUAGAAAUUAUGCGCUAGGGUUCUACAUGAGAGAGCACAAUUGCUAUCCCGAUAAGACGAAUUUACGAGAAAUUAUGGAUUUUUACUUCCAAUGUUGCGCUAUGGAAUCGAAUUGCGAUGCUAUGGCAGUAAUGGCAGCUACACUGGCUAAUGGAGGGAUUUGUCCAAUUACUGAGGAAAAAGUAUUGAGACCAGAUAGUGUCCGAGAUGUCUUGAGUCUCAUGCACAGUUGUGGAAUGUAUGACUACAGCGGACAAUUCGCUUUCCGGGUGGGAAUUCCGGCAAAAUCGGGAGUAUCCGGUAGCCUUCUCGUUGUAAUCCCCAAUGUAAUGGGCAUCUGUACAUGGUCACCACCACUAGACCCCCUCGGCAAUUCCUGCCGAGGUGUUCAAUUCUGCGAAGAACUCGUCAACGAGUUCAACUUCCAUAGAUACGAUAAUCUCAAGCAUGCAACGAACAAAAAGGAUCCUCGAAGGCACAAGUACGAAACAAAGGGCCUCUCGAUCGUUAAUCUGCUAUUCAGUGCCGCUAGCGGAGACGUCACGGGGAUGCGCAGACAAGAUGUUGAUUUGCUCGAGCGUCUCAAGGGACAUCGACUGAGUGGAAUGGAUAUGACGCUGUCGGAUUACGAUGGUCGGACGGCUUUGCAUUUGGCUGCCAGUGAAGGACACCUGGACUGUGUCGAAUUUCUCAUCGAACAGUGCGGAGUACCUCAUGAUCCCAAGGACAGGUGGGGAAAUCGACCAGUGGAUGAGGCAAAAACCUUCGGCCACACUCAAGUCGUUGAGUACUUGAACAACUACGAACAAGCGAAAAAAACGGAAGAAGUGACGAAAGAAGAAAACGGUAAAAACAACGACUCCAAUGACACAGAAAACUCACCACCGAAAAAAAUUUCGGACUCAUCAGGAGAAACCCCUCUACUGUAAGAUAAAGAAUACAAAAAAAAUAAAAAUGACAAAUAUUGAAAGAGACUGCAAGAGUGCAAAAAGCCUUAGGAACAUAGUCAAUGAGAAAGGUCAAUACGCUGUAGACGAAAUCUUGGAAAAAUCUGUGAUUUAUUUAUUUAUAUUAUCCCUGUAUGAUUUACAUGACUCGGGUCUCCAGUAGCUGAAGCGCCACUUCGUAAAACAGACAUAUCGUUUCAAGUAUUAUCCAUUGUGAUCCUUUCCUUGCUGAAUUCAUGAAAAUAAAACUGAAUUUUUCCCAUGAGUGUUGCAAAUAAUAACUGUUGCAUGACUUAUAAAAAAUUAAAUUAAUGUACAAAUAGAUGUUAGGAAAUCAUCUAUUGACUUUCGGUUUUAGAAGAAAAGAUGAUUUGAUUUCAGUCUUUAUGCCAAUUGAUUCACACCAGCCUAAUUUACAAUGCCGAAUGACAACACAAAAAGACAAUAAUUACUGUAUUAUACUUUAAUAAUUAAAUACAGACAUUAAUUGCCAGAGAUAAUUCCAUCCAUCUCUAUUCCGGUUAUCAUAAAUAAAGUGAAAAAUUAUAAGUGUUAAUUCAAAUAUAUUCUGAAAAUGUUGAAUCA